CAGUCUACAGUCGCCUAGAAUCAGUCCAGCGCGCAACAGGUGGUAGUUUUCUAUUAUAUAUAUAGAUAUAUAUAUAUAUCUAUAUAUAUAUAUAAUGCGGUCGUUCGCUCAGAAACGGGAUAAUUCAACAGUUUUCAUGGAAUUCACUGAGAGGAAGACUCACUGUGUUGCAUCGCGUAGACCAGAUGUCCCCGUCUCGGGGUCUGGUCCUUCAGUUCUGCAGGAGGAAGGACUGCUUCCUCGGUCCCUUGGGGAAAGGGAAGUGCAGCCUCUGUAGACCUGUUCAAUGCGGAGUCAUUAAAGGAACUCUGUCUUAUUUCCACCGGAGCUUUCGCUGCACUCCCGGAUCAGACGAGGUGUCUACGAAUAAUAAAGCGGCCGGUUCGCUCAGUAACGAGACAAUUCAACAGCAGCAGCUUUCAUGGGGUUCACUGAGAGGAAGCCGGAUCAUCCUAAAACCUGAUCCACCUCAAAAGCAGCUCCAUGUGCCGUCAAACAGCAGCAGGGACUCUGGACCCAGAUUGCACGUUAUUUUUACAUUAUUCCCAGCGUAUCAAAACGCGGAAAAUAAAGUCCUGAGGGAGAAGAUGACCUGCAGCAUCCUGCUGCUCAUCACCCUGACCUCCUGCGUCUGUGGUUCGUUUCCACCUGCAGCAGGAACAUUUGUAGUGAAUGUGACACAGAGCUCCUAUCAGGCAGAGGAGAACGAGGACAUCACACUGGAAUGGACGUUCACAACCAAACCUGACAGUUCAAACUCCCUUUAUAUCUACUGUGAACUGAUUACUGAUCUCAAGGCCUCAGUCCUGUAUCAUCUACAGGAAGGUGUUGAGGUCCCAGAGUCUCAGGAUGGACAGUUUGCGGUACGAGUCCAGUGUGACAGAGACGUCCUCAGAGAAGGACAACUCAGACUUCAUGUGUCCAGACUCAGGACUGAGGACUCAGGCCUGUACCAGUGUGAAGUGAGCACAACUUAUGGUGGCAGCGUUGGUAAAAGCAGACUCACUGUCACUGCAGCUGCUGAUGAGCCCAAACCUCAGAGACCAACAGUGAGACCACAACCAGAGAGUCGGGGGAGGAUCGGCCUCUGUGCUGGGCUGGGACUGACAGCUGCAGCUCUGCUGGCUGUCUCUGCCGGACUCUGCUUUGCCUUCGGUCUCUGUUUUACUAAAUCUACUGAUAAGAGAGGAAACGUUUCUGCAGCCGUAUAUAGAUGUUGAGUUUUUCAGAGAAACACUCCAUCAGGACUAACAAGACUCUGUCUGGAGGACCCCCUUUCUAUCAGAAUCAGUCAGAGCACCGGUUCAAGACCUGAGCCAUAAAACCAACAGACAGACUCCGAGACUCUCUCCCUCCAACGUCUGUUUUAAUGUCAGAAAACCUACUUGUGACAUGAAAUGCACAUUGUUCUGUGUUAAAUGAUGUUCGAGUUACUUUGCGGUCGAGAUUAAGGUAUUACAGAAGUAAUAAUUAUACUUGGCAGCGUUUGGUGUCAAACAGCAUCAAUCAUGACGUUUUAGGGAAAUUGCUCCUAAAAUCCCAUUAGAUUUUGUGCAAAGACAAGACAUCUGAACAGUCAGUGUCUGAGCAGCGUGGCUGCCUCCAUUUCUUGCGAUGUUGCUCGUCCUGUUGCUUCAUUAGCAGCUACAUCCACCAGCUUUAUCUGACGGAGGACCUCGCCUCCCUGAACACCAAAGAUGGAGCUGUUGGCAGCCGGAUGGGAGCUUCGUGGCACCAGCGACCCCUGCCUGAGCUGAGAAGCCUGUCUACAGGCUGCACAGCCAUCCUGCCGUCAUCCUGAAGUGUUAACGGGGACGUUCAAAGGUCUUAUCAUAAACAGCAGAAACAAUGUUUCUUCACUCUUUAGUUUGAAAGAUUUCUAAACAGACGUUUUUAGAGGAAUCAUAAUUUACUACUAAUGGACACUGUUACAAUGUACUGCACUGUCCUAAUGUUCUGUUUAUACAUUACAAACAGUAUAAAAGUAUAUAUUUAUAUAUUUGUGUGUGUGUGUGUGUGUGUGUGUGUGUGUGUGUAGAUAUUUACAAACAUGCUGAUGAACAUGAUGAUCUCUGAUGACUGUUUUUAUUUUUAAAGCUACACAAUAGUUUAGCAGCUUAGUGUAACAUACAACCAGUGGUGGAAAGUAACUAAGUACAUUUGUUGUAUAUAUACAGCGGUGUGCAAAAGUGUUUGUCCCCUUCCUGAUUUCUUUUUUGCAUGUUUGUCACACUUAAAUGUUUCAGAUCAUCAAACAAAUUUAAAUAUUAGUCAAAGAUAACACAAGUAAACACAAAAUGCAGUUUUUAAAUGAAGGUUGUUAUUAUUAAGGGAAAACAAAAUCCAAACCUACAUGGCCCUGUGUGAAAUAGUGAUUGCCCCCUAAACCUAAUAACUGGCUGCUCCACCCUUAGCAGCAACAACUGCAAUCAAGCGCUUGCGAUAACUUGCAAUGAGUCUUUUACAGCGCUGUGGAGGAAUUUUGGCCCCCUCAUCUGUGCAGAAUUGUUGUAAUUCAGCCACAUUUGGAGGGUUUUUGAGCAUGAACUGCCUUUUUAAGGUCAUGCCACAGCAUCUCAAUAGGAUUCAGGUCAGGACUUUGACUAGGCCACUCCAGAGUCUUCAUUUGAUGAUCAAAUCUUUUAAAAUUUGCUGUGUUCGUGUAGUUUUCCAUAGAACAUUAAAUGCGUGAAAAUAAGAAACUAAAGAAGCACAACAGAAAUAUGAUGGUUGAGCUGAAAAUAUGUUUUACAUCAAAUGACAGGAGAAGAAACAUUUACUUGCAUUUCAGGUAUAAAAUUUAAGUUUUCCAUUGCAACAUGAGGAACAAAGCAUUUGAGACUAGUGCCACAGAUUAGUGACGGUCAGUUUUUCUUGUUACACUGAUCUCACCCUCGUCUGGAACAGGCUCCCAGACCAACCAGUGAGAGUCACCAGUGCAUUGAUCAAUAUAAUUUUUUCUCUUCUAGUCCUGAUAUUAAUGUUUAUUGCAAUGUCUGGAUAACCUGCUGCUGUAAAACAAGAAUUUCCCAGUUUGGGAUCAAUAAAAGUAAGAGCCUAUCUAUCUA